UGUCAAAUUGCUAACAAAAAAGAAAAGCAAAAAUUGGCGUGUGUUUGUGCAUCAAAACGUUUUGUAGUUUCUUCUUCACUUUUUCAAGCGUUUUUAUCAUAAAUUCAUAAUUUAUUUUAUUUUAUUCACAAAAUCAUCAACUAAAUAUGGCUCUUGUUAAACCAAAAUCUGAAUUAACCCCCGAAGAAUUGGCUCGCCAAGAGGAAGAAGAAUUCAAUACCGGUCCGUUGUCCGUACUCACACAAUCCGUCAAGAACAACACUCAAGUCCUAAUCAACUGCCGCAACAACAAGAAACUCCUUGGACGUGUCAAAGCUUUCGAUCGUCAUUGCAACAUGGUUCUGGAGAAUGUCAAAGAAAUGUGGACAGAAUUGCCGCGCACUGGCAAAGGCAAAAAGAAGGUUAAGCCGGUAAACAAAGAUCGUUUCAUUUCAAAGAUGUUUUUGCGCGGAGAUUCUGUAAUUUUAGUUUUGCGUAAUCCACUUGCAACUGCAGCUGGAAAGUAAAAUAAUAAAUACAACUAAAAUGGGGCAAAUUGUGCUCUCGCUCUAGCUUUUAAGAUAUUUCACUGAAUUUUAAAUUUUUUUCUUCUUUUGUAAUAAAACUCAACAAAUCUACCGUAGUAUAUAUGUAUUAAA